GAGCUUUGGGAUCUAAAUUUUGUUAGUGUGGUUAUGGUAAUGAGCAAAUGCUAUGGAACUAAACACUUCAAACGUUAUGGAUUAAAAUUUGUGGCUAGAAAUGGGAGUUUUUUGAGCACGGUCAAGGGUGUAUCAAAAGGAAUAGCAGAUUUUGUCCAAUGGGGUUUUCAAUUUUUUGCUGGGCAGGUUGGUUGCAUAACAAGAUUGGUACCUCAAAAGGGUGUGCAUCUUAUUAGGCAUGCAAUAUAUCGGACAUUGGAAUUGGGAGGACAGUUCGUUCUUCUUGGAUCCAGUCCAGUGCCACACAUUCAGAAAGAAUUCGAGGAUAUUGCAAACCAUUUUCAGAGUCACGAACAUGUUCGGUUGAUAUUGAAGUACGAUGAGUCUCUUUCCCACUUAAUUUAUGCAGCCACUGACAUGCUUACUAUUCCAUCUAUCUUUGAGCCUUGUGGCCUUACACAGAUGAUUGCAAUGAGAUAUGGUUCGAUCCCGAUAGCUAGAAAAACCGGUGGUCUCAAUGAUAGUGUUUUUGAUGUAGAUGAUGAUGCCAUACCUAUUCAGUACAGAAAUGGAUUCACAUUUUUGACAGCUGAUGAGCAGGGAUUUAAUAAUGCUUUAGAGCGUGCAUUUUACCUCUACAAGAAUAACAUUGACGGUUGGAAACAGCUUGUCCAAAAGGUCAUGGGCGUAGAUUUUAGCUGGGAAUCAUCAGCGGCGUUGUAUGAAGAACUUUAUGCCAA